UCCAAUCAGUCUGCACUCGCAUGUCCACGAGGUUGCUCGCACGGGCCAGGCGGCAUCCUCUCUCUCCCUCUCUUUCGCUUCGCCCGCUCGUAUUCCUUGAUCUGUCAUUCUCUGUCUUGCUCUUUCCCCCUCUCUCUCUCCUUUUCUCUGUCUAUCUUUAUCUCUCUCUCUCUCGCUCUUUCAUUCACCUGACUCUUAACGCGAGCAGUGCGUUACACAACCCGUACGGGGGUGAUACCGAUCGCCAGUCGAGGUACUGGUCGCGGACACCGCAGCCGCGGUUGAGGUUAGGUCGACGGACCUGUCGAUCGUAGUGGCGGGACGCGGCGCGGCGGAUUUGAAUUUUCGAACGCGGCUAUCCACGCCGUGUUGUACGCUUUGCCAGGGUGUCGCGCGUUGAUUUCACGACAGAACGAUCGCGGACGACGAGCUCUUUCGGCGGGAAAGGACGGGUCGUCGUUCACCUGUCGGACGGCGCGGAUUUUUGUGACCCUCGUGUCGACGAUUGACAGACGUUGCGCACGCCUGCUGCGGGUUAGGUGGAGCGACGUUAGGCGGACGCGCGUUUUUCGAAACACCGGGAACGUUCGGGAGGAUGAUGCACCGCGAGGUCUCAUCGCCGCCGUCGUCGUCAUCAUCAUCAUCGCCGUUGUUGAUGUUAUCGUUAUCGAAGUUGUCGCACUCGCGUCUCGUGGUGGAAAUGCGCAGCGACGGAGACGAGCAGCGGGCCCUGUGAGGUUCUGUGAAUGUUCUCGGACAGCCGCACGCCGCGGCUAGCCGCGCACCAGUUUCUCAGUGCACACGAGGAAAACAUGGAUAAUUCUGCAUAUGUACCGAAUCACCUACCGCCGCCGUCUCUGGUCGUAUUCUCUCAGGCCGGAGGGCUGCCUGAGGCCCUGAGAAUGCAAAGACCCUUCAAUCCACAAGUAACCGAUUCGAAGGAUCUGCAGGUGCCCUUCAGCACGGCGGCGUCGCUGGGCUACGGGCUGCAUCACAUGCUGCAUUUGCCACCGCAGUUCCUGCACCCGCUCGACCAUAGACUACCCUUCGGCGGCUUUCGGCCCCUGGUGCCGUCCGCGUUCGCGCCCCCCAGCAAGUGCCUCAAGGUCGAGACCGGGAACGGCGCGGUGCCGGGAAACGGCGGCCUGCCCAGCAUCGGCUCGCUCUCCAGCAUGUCGAAUAUGUUUUCACCCACGUCCCUGCCGGGCGCGGGCGGGGGCGCGGUGGUGUCCGUUUCCGGUGCGGCGGCCGCCGCGGCCGCCGCCGUCGCCGCGGCCGGCCAGGAAGUCGGCGGGCCGCAGAGUCCGGCUGGUUCCGCGAGCCGCUCACCAACUGGUACCACCGGUACCGGUUCCGUGCCGAAUCGCGGUGCGACUCCCGAUGAAGAGGACCGUGACGCCAACGCCACACCCGGAUCCGAGAACACCGAGCGAUCCACCCCGGAGGAGGGACGACCGUACAGACCCGGACCCGAGACGACUCUCCUCACGUCUAGCGCGAAGGAUUUCGUCGUGAAAGCCACCGCGGAGACUUUAACGUCCGACGACGAAGCGUUCUCGCAGUCUCGACAAAAUAAUACCAUUUUGUAG